CAAGAAAGGAAAAACGGGGUGCUUGCCACCAUCACCUUGGCUCGUUCAUCUCUGCACGCACACACCUCGUCCAUGUUUACUCGCUAAUCUCCACUCCCCCCUCCCCAUUCUUCUUGCCCUUCUCGACGACGCUCGACGCUCCUUUCUCGACGCUCGACACUCGACACUCGCUUCAACCCCUCCCUCGCUCGCUCAUACCCCUCGCCCUCUUCCUCUUCUUCUUCUUCUUCGCUUCCCCCCCCCACCUAUCAUCCAAAGCCUUUGUGCAUCCCAUCCUCCUCUUCACGUUCCUUUUCGACCUCUCUUUACUCCUCCUUCGCGACAAUGGUCCCCGCCUUCGCUGUGGCGGCCACCGCCGCCGUCCUCGCCGCCAUCCCCGUCUCCGCUCAAGGCUGGCAGCUGGCUCUGCCUCCCCGCCCCAACGUCGCCUUUGACGAGACCUUUUACCCCAAUGACGGAAUCUUCCACCUCAAGUCGGACAUGGUUACCAACUGCAUCGGCAACCAGGGUGAUGCCGGCUGCACCGCCGUCGGCUCGUACGGCGCCGCCCUCGGCCUCAACUUUAUCGGCACUGCCGUCAAGGUGAACGGCGCCGCGUCCAACUCGAACUCUUCCGAGCCCCGCCCAGUCGGCUCCUUCUCUCUUUACGACGGCAUGUGGCCCGUCUCUGGCGACCAGCAGGUCCAUGUCGGCCAGGGCGUCCUCGCCGCCCGCCAGGGCCUCGAGGCCAAGCCGUACCGCGGCAGCAUGAACAUUUACUGGGCCUCGGACGUGUCCGUGUCCUCGGUCUCCGUCUCCACCGGCAUGUACGUCAACGACCCCAACGCCAAGAGGGAGACGGUCCAGUUCGAGACCAUCCCCGCCGUCCAGGGCUCGGGCCUGCACCCCUUCUACCAGCUCGACGGCUCCAAGUGGAAGGCGAACGGCAGCGGCAACGACUCCUUCGCCGCCGGCUCUGGUAACGCAAUGGUGCGCGUCACCGUGCCCCAGAACACGACGUACGUCAAGGUGCGCGGCCUGACCGGCCCCGACGCCGGGCCGCUCACCAUGUCGCUCCGCACGCGCGAGGGCGCCACCAAGCCCGACCUCGCGUCCGGCAACGCGACUCUCGCGUCCCACCCCCAGCGCGAGUCGACGACCGGCUCGACACUCUUCGCCCUCCCCCUCGACCCCACCCAGACCUACUACUUUGAGAUCCACGCCGACGAGGGCAACUUUUACCUGCGCGACAUGAGCUUCUGGAGCUCGCUGCCCAAGGGCGGCUCUGCCGGCGGCGCCGGCGGCGUCUUCAGCGCCGCGGGCACCAUCGCGCCCAACCUCGCGGUCCUCGCCGCCGCGCUCGUGUACUCGCUUCUCUGAUCCUUUCUGUGAACACUUUGGCUUAUUUUCGUGCCCGGCAGCUGUGCUUGGUUGCUGGCCCAUGUGUUAGAUUCGAUCUCUGGGGUUAGGGCUGGCCCUAUGCAUGGUUCAUAUUGUGUGGCAUGGGAGGA